UUACUACCAUAAAUAAAUAAAGAUGCCUUACUCUUCAACGGAAUCACUUCCAACUUCAUCUCGUGAGAGAAGCUUGAAAUUUUCAAGAUAUUGUCGAACUUGUGACAACCCGAAAUUGAAAGAUUUACAGGUUCAUGAUUCUGAUGACGAGAUUUCAAAUUUUGUGACUAGACGUUCCUGGAAUGUAAUGCCUUCAAAGGUAGCCGUCAACACCUCGAGUCCAAUUCACAAGAUUAUAGAGAGCAUGAAAAUUACACCAAACCCAAAGAAGUACAUGAUCGCCCUAUCAAUUGGUGAUCCCACAGUAUUUGGCAACCUGAAACCAUGUGAAAAAAUUACAGAAACUAUUGUAGAUAGCGUACGUUCAAAGAAGUUCAAUGGUUAUGAAAAUACCAUAGGUUUGGAGGAAGCUCGCGAAGCCGUGGCACUUUAUACAUCUUGUCCAGGAGCAUCUAUUGAGGCCAAGUUUUCUUCAGAACCUUGCUUGCGUCACACCGUGAAAGAACGUCACAGGAUUUUGUUGAAUGAAUGAUAAGGUUGAGCAUCUUUUUUGAAACAAUCUCACUAUCGUAAAUUUAUUUUAAUGUUUUAUUAUAUUUUGGCAAUACUAUAUUUAUAAACACAUUUAUAAGAGAGACGA